UGCAGCGAUCCUGCGAACGAGCCAACCAGCGAGCCUGUUCGCUGUAGUUCUUCCUGUCAGUCCUGGCGCGCGCAACACGAGUCUGUUGUUCCCGUGGGGAAAGAGAAGUUUGUUUUUGGAACAAGGUCACGGGGUUCAGAUCACAUCACUUCGCUAUGUUGAUAAGCCCGGAACAGGAGGCCCUGAUUGGCCGGGUGUUUGAAACCUACCUGAGAGAGCAUCAUCAUGGGGACAUUCUCCAGCGUAUUGCAGAUACUAAUGAAGAGACCCAUCACCCUGUUGUUGUUAAUGCCAUGACACUGUUUGAAGCCAAUAUGGAGGUUGGGGACUAUUUCAACGCCUAUCCCAAUGAUGUCCUGGCUAUAUUUGAUAAAGUGUUACACAGAACAGCCGUGGAGCUAUCUGACAGUUCCUCUCCCAAACACUACGGAGGACCAAGAACAAAAGAGCAGAGGAUGAGACACACUAUCCAUGCCCGCAUUACAGGUCUGCCAGUGUGCCCAGAGCUGACCAGAGACACCAUUCCCAGGUCCAGAGAUGUGGGGCACUUUUUGUCUGUCACUGGUACUGUCAUACGGACCAGUGUUACCAAGGUUCUGGAAUAUGAGCGGGAUUACAUGUGCGUAAAGUGUCGGCACGUCUUCACGGCGCAGGCGGAUUUUGACCAGUUUUAUACCUUUGUCCAACCGGUGGCCUGUCCUAAUCCUGAUGGCUGUAACUCCUACAAAUUCAGCUGUCUGUCUGAAUCUGAGCCUGCUGCCUGCAGGGACUACCAGGAGAUCAAGAUUCAAGAGCAAGUGCAGAGGCUGUCAGUGGGCAGUAUUCCUCGUUCUAUGGUGGUGGUUCUGGAGGAUGACCUGGUUGACAGUUGUAAAUCUGGUGAUGAUGUGACUGUCUAUGGGGUGAUGUGCCAACGAUGGAAGCCCUUUUAUGAUGGCGCUCGCUGUGAUGUGGAGCUGGUUCUCAAAGCUAACAACAUAGAAGUGAACAACCAACAGGCUGCUGCUGCCCUGCUCAUGCAGGAUGUUCAGAAAGAAUUCGAAGACUUCUGGAAUAGCUAUAAACAUGAUCCCAUAGCUGGUAGGAACCAGAUCUUGUUAAGCCUCUGCCCACAGGUAUUUGGCAUGUAUGUGAUUAAACUGGCGGUUGCCAUGGUGUUGGCUGGCGGAGUUCAGAGAAUAGAUUCUUCUGGGACCAAGAUCAGAGGUGAGUGUCAUAUGUUGCUGGUUGGUGAUCCUGGCACAGGGAAGUCUCAGUUCCUGAAGUAUGCAGCCAAGAUCAUGCCUCGCUCUGUGCUCACGGCUGGAAUUGGAUCGACAAGUGCAGGACUGACAGUCGCAGCGGUGAAAGAUGGAGGUGAUUGGCAUCUGGAGGCAGGAGCCCUGGUCCUGUCAGAUGGCGGUUUGUGCUGCAUAGAUGAAUUCAACAGCAUCAAGGAACAUGAUCGCAUCAGCAUCCAUGAAGCUAUGGAGCAGCAGUCUAUUAGUGUGGCCAAAGCUGGCAUGGUGUGUAAGCUGAACACUCGAACCACAAUCCUGGCUGCCGCCAACCCUAAAGGCCAGUAUGAUCCCAACGAGCCACUGUCUGUGAACGUAGCGCUUGCCAGCCCUUUGCUGAGUCGUUUUGACCUGGUCCUAGUUCUGCUUGACACCAGAAACUCAGAGUGGGACCGCAUCAUCUCCUCUUUUAUUCUGGAGGACAGAGGACUACCUGCUGAGUCUUCUAGCCUGUGGUCCUUGGAGAAAAUGAAAGCUUAUUUCUGUGUGAUUAAGCGGCUGCAGCCGCAGGUGUCUGAGGAGGCCAACAUCAUCUUGACUCGUUACUACCAGCUGCAGAGACAGAGUGACGGCCGCAACGCUGCCCGCACCACCAUUCGCAUGCUGGAGAGUCUGAGCAGACUGGCUGAAGCCCAUGCCAGGCUCAUGUACAGAGAGACCGUGACCGUGGAGGAUGCUGUUAUGGCGGUCUCUGUCAUGGAGUGCUCAAUGCAGGGUGGUGCUCUGCUGGGAAAUGUAAAUGCAUUGUUUACCUCCUUCCCUGCCGACCCUGGUCAGCAGUAUCGGACUCGGUGUCAGCUACUGCUGGAAGGACUGAACCUGCCGCUGCUCCUUCAGAAGGAGAUGAACAGACUGGCCAGGUUAAAAAGCAACACCUCAGAUGGCUCCCAGUCUGACCCACCAACUUAUAAUUAUCAGCAUCAGCUCCGAGACACAAACUCCAUCAGCAAAACACAACAGCACGACAUCCCCAGUAACUGCAGGGGUGAUGUGACAGCGGAGAGCGGCCUGGACUGGUUCCAUUCCAUCACUCCAUCACUGGUAGAUGGUACCGCCUCGCCUCUACUUACAUCAACACAAGAAAACAUGAAUAGAAAACAGAAGUCCAGUUGGCCGAAAAUGUCGACAUUAACCAAACAGCCGAUCUGUCAGACUGAGAAGGACCUUAGCACUGGCUCAGCAUUAAACCAAGACGUCUUAUCACAUCACUCUGGAGCCAUAAUCUCUGCUUCAGAAGACGAAAACAGAAACUGUACGACAUAUGAAAACAUUAAAGAAAAGAGCUUUAAGAGACAGGAAGAUAACAACCCCCCAGAGUCUUUGGGGUAUGUGUUACAGAAAGUCUCAAAGCAUGUGAGAGAUAGAAGACUCUGGGAGGUGGAGCUGAGUCAUCAGCAGUGUGACCGAGAGGGAGGGGAAGGACAAGGUGAGAUAGUGGUGUCCGGAGAUAGUGCAAGUAAAAAUCAUAUGACUUCAGAAUGCCACGCUAGCAGCACGCUGUCAUCAGGCAAGAACUGCCCCUCAAAUGACCGAGUCCAGGAUAACUUGUCCUCUGGUAAAAAAAGUAGAUGUGAAAAGGAAGACAGGAGGGGCCAGGCCGGGACUAAGAACAUUAGUACUGUGCUAAGGGAAAAGAUGAAUGCUGAAGGUGAAGCAGAUAAAGAAGUCCAUGCAAAGUUGUCGGGCUUUAUAUUCAAACCAAGGAAGAUGAUACCUUCAGUCCACAAGCACAACCUCAGGGCCAUCUCAGGUGUCAUGGCAGAAUGUCACCCAGGCAGCAGAGACCCUCACCUGCCCACAAAAAGCAAGAUAGUUGGUCAUAAUGACUCAAGUGAAGACCCACUUACAGACCCAGAGAAGAAAAGAAGAAAGAAAAGACAGUACCAAAGUCUUUCUGAAGGUGGUGGCAGGAGAAAUCUGAGCUGUGUGGGUGAGGUGGGUGAGAGAAGGUCUGAAGCCAGUAUUUUGUCAGAAGAACUGAAUAGGGAUGUUUUUUCUUUUGGCGAAUUGGCAGAAGUAACAACUGCAGAUAGACGAAAGGGGAAUGACGAUACAGGAAAUCUGUGGCCGCACCAAAGAACCAACACUGGUGAUGAGAGUAAAGCAGACAGCUUUAAGUGCACGCCUCCAGGAAAACCAAGCACUUGCAUUGGUGAUCCAGCACUAUCCAAAUCAGGUUGCACCAAGUCAUUUGUGGCCUCCUCAACUCUGGCUAAACUGUCAAGAUUCACGUUCACCUGCACGACUGAACCUGCGACCACAGUGCAAACGAAAGUGGGGGGGGGGGGCCCACUUAAAACAGGUGCUGCAUGCGUCAAAGACAGGGAAACAAUAAAACACAGUCCCUCAGGAAAGAACACCAAAACUGUAGUCACCAUGGGCAAAGUAAAGGACAUAAUACACCCCCCAGCCACAGAGCUCACACCAGCACAGGGACAUGAACAAGGGACAGAGUCAGCAGCUAAAACAAAGCAGACUGUGCCUACUAAUGCUGGAAACCAUAGCAAACAUGUAACCAUGGUGAACGAUGGUGCUAUUCAUCUGAAGAAGAGGAAGUGCUUUGAGCUGGGCCCUCCACCAAGUAGUGUUGGUGGUUCCAAGGAUCUGUUCUCAGGACUGUCUCUGUUUAGCUCUGUCGAAUUAAGUAAUGAUGUUUUUGACACUGACUGGGACCAAGAGGUUUCAAAGAAAGCCAAAACCUGAAAUCACAGGCUGCUGUCACACUGGAUAAAGAAAUAUACCACAAUAAUGUACUUGACAGCACAUGUUGGUGUAGGGAAGAUCAAUUCAAUGCUUUGCCUGAGGUAUGAUUUAGUUACCUUUUAUAGCCUAAAAAUAAAUGUUAAAUUGUUGGAAAAGUUCAGGUUCUUGGAAUUGCAUUUUUUUUACAGCAGGCAAACACUAAUAAAUGAUGUGCAUCUUCA